CCCCUCCGGGAUCAGAAAGUGAGAGAACCCAUUUCCCCCCUACUCCAACCCAUAAGCUGCUUCGCCUGUCAACCACACCCUCCCCUCCUCCCCCACCCAGGCGAUUGAGCUUCCCAACUCUCGCCCGGGGCAGGCAGCCAUGGCAAGGAGAGGCGGGGGCGGCGGCGGCGGCGGUAACGGGCCCCGCGGCUGUGACAAGUAAGCGCCCGCACCGCCAAGCAGGCUGGGGGGCGCAGCCGGGGGCGUAGCUGUUUGUCCCAGAGCUCAAUGCACCGCGGCGAAGACGCGGCGCCAAGAAGGCAGGGCACAAACUCAGCCCGUCUCCCCACGCCUGGCUGCAAACGGAGAUUUCCCAAUCCUUGGCACCCUCCAGAUGGAUGGACGUCAACUCUCAAAAAUCUCAGCAAUCAACACACUUCUGCGAGUUGAGGUCCACAUAUCUGGAAGGCCCCCAGGCUGGGGAAGGCUGCUGGAGCUGAUUAUCUCUUCUGUCUCACUUGAUGUUUAAUUGGGAGAAUCCAGAGGAAUGGCUCUUUGGUUGUUGCUGUUUACGUUGGCUAUGGCAUCUUCGAACAGUUCUUUUUCUACAAUGACACCAGCUUCAGGGAAGCCACAUAUAAUUCAGUGUCGAUCACCUGAAAUGGAAACAUUUUCAUGUUACUGGAGUACAGAUGAUUUUCCUCAUAAAUUGGAAUCGGAAAAAAUUCAACUACUAUACUCAAAAAGGUUGGAUGAGGAGGAAGAAUGGAAAGACUGUCCUGAUUAUACAACUUCUGGUAAAAACAGCUGUUACUUCAAUAUAUCCUUCACCGCCGUUUGGGUCCCUUACUCUGUUCGGCUUUACAUUGCAGAUCAGUUAUACGAUGAAAAACAUUUCCGGGUGGAGGAUAUAGUAAUUCCAGAUCCUCCAGUUGGGCUGAACUGGACAGUGCUAAACACCAGCCCAAGUGGCGUCUAUACUGAUGUUCAGGUUACUUGGAAGCCUCCACCCUCUGCAGAUGUUGACAAUGGAUGGCUCAUACCAUUCUAUCAGCUUCAGUAUAAAGACGUCAAUGCAACAGAGUGGCAUGAACUGGAUCCAAAACGUGCCACCGAAGUUCCAGUAUAUUCUUUAAAGACAUGCCAAGACUAUGAGAUACGGGUUCGAGCAAAAGGAAUACCUGGAGUUUAUGGUGAAUUCAGUGAAGUGCUGUAUGUGUCAUUUGAUUUAAAAGGACUGGUGCCAUGUGCGGAAGAAUUCCAAAUUCCUUGGCCUUUGGUUAUGGCCUUUGGAAUAGUUGGCCUAAUAGUGAUGCUGUCCCUUGUCUUCUUUUCUAAAAAACAAAAGCUGAAAAUACUGAUCUUUCCUCCUGUUCCAGUGCCCAAAAUUAAAGGAAUUGAUCCAGACCUUUUAAAGAAAGGAAAACUGGAUGAAGUUAAUUCCAUUUUAGCAAGUCAUGGUAGCUACAUGCCCCAGCUUUAUGGAGAUGACUCUUGGGUGGAAUUUAUUGAGCUGGAUAUAGAUGAAGCUGAAGAUAGAACUGAAGGAUCAGAUACUGAUAGGCUUCUUGGUGAUGUCCACAUGAAAUCUCAUGGCUGCCUUGCAGUGAGGGAUGAUGAUUCUGGACGGGCCAGUUGCUGUGAGCCUGAUAUCCCAGAGACUGAUUUCAGUGCAAGUGAUACAUGUGAUGGAACUUCUGACAUUGAUCAGUCCAAAAAGGUAAAUGAUAAAGAAGAGGAUCUCUUGUGCCUUGAUCAAAAAAACAUUGAUAAAUCAAUGCCAGGUCUUGAUGAUGCAUCUGCCUGCUUGCCAUUAGAUAAUCCAUCCAAAGAACAAGACCUUAAAUCCCAUAUUCCUGCCACCGAGAUAACCAAUCCGCUUGUCCAGACCCAGUUAAGCAAUCAAAGUUCAGUAAGGAACAUUGACUUUUAUACACAGGUCAGCAACAUUACACCAAGAGGAAGUGUUGUGCUAUCCCCAGGACAAAAAAUGAAGACAGGGAAAACUCAAAGUGAAGCUCAGAAAGAACCACUUGCAUGGUGUCAGCCAACCUUGGCCAUGGACAAUGCCUAUUUCUGUGAGUUGGAUGUGAAAAAAUGUGUCACUGUGACACCUCCCAAAGAAGAUGAGCCAGAAGUUCAAGUCCAGAGCUUUUCUGAGGAUGCUUACUUGACCACCGAUAACCUUGUCAUUCAUCCUAUGAGCCCUGCUAUGGUAGCAACAGCUGCAGAAGAAAAAGAUCCAGAAGCUUCUGAGAUACCUGUGGCAGACUAUACCUCCAUUCAUGUGGUACAGUCUCCACAAGGCCUUGUUCUCAAUGAAACAGCUCUCCGUGUGCCAGACAAAGAAUUCAUCAUGUCUUCUGGCUAUGUGAGCACAGAGCAGCUUAACAAAAUCUUGUCAUAGGUUUCUCUCUCUCUCUCUCUCUCUCUCUCUCUCUCUCUCUCUCUCUCUCUUUCUCUCUCUCUUUUUAGUAUAUAGGAAAUAGUAUUAUCCCCAGCUAUACAGAAGCCCAAAACACAUAUGGAAUUGGAGUUUUCCAGUUCAUUACAGUGUUAUAGAAAACUUCUGAAGUUUGCAGAACACUUAUUAUGUGAAUGGGGAGGCCAAUUCCCAAAGGGAAUUCCAUGUUCCUAUCUUUGACCAGAGCCAAGGUGUCCAAUAGUUUCAGAUGGUUGGUGAUGAUGUGGUCCUUUCCACUUUUACCUGUGUUGUUGAAUCAAUCAUAGUAUUGCUUUUGUGUCUUGUAAAUAUUGUCUAAUCAAACGUUGCUGGUGCUGAUUCAGUAGCAUGACUGUCUUUUGUUAUAGGUGUUGCUUUGGGCUUCUCCCAAACACAUUGGUAUCUGUGUCAUGCAUUGUAAAUCAUUUUUUCUUCAAAAAGCUAAUAGCAGGUGUGGAACGUUGUUUGUUUGCUCGCUUGUUUGAACAUUUUGAGAUGUUUAUACUGGGAAUUAGAGAAUGAAAGAUUAGAUAAAGAAGCAAAAAGAGUUUUGUUAAAUAAAUGAUUAUUAUAGUUAAUAUAAAUAUAAAUCUACUUUAAUGCUUCAGAUAAGCAAGCAUGAAUAUUUUAUACUUGGACUGCACACUGAGGUUUAAUUAUUAUGAUCAAUGUAUGGAAUGUGUCUGCUGCAAUUAGGGUAGCAGUUAUCAAAAGAAUAAGGAAAACAUUUUUAUAUCUCCACCAAAGCUAUAGAGAAUUUUAAAUUGCAGCACUGCUGGGGGGGGUGGGGGUUGAUCAUUUCUUAAAAGCACUAUUCAUAUUUUUACAUUUUGUAGCAAACCAAAAACCUACAACGUUGAAUUUUUUUUUACUAUUUUACAGCAGUAAAACCUAAGAUAGAUUUGGAAUUUCUGGGCUUUUUAGGAAUACAAUUAAUUUUUUAUGACUAAAUAGGCAAUUUAAUAGUGUUCUUUACAAGAAAGCGUUUACAUCCUUUAUUUUUUUUUAAAAUACCUAAUAUUAAUAUAGAAUCAAAGUUAUCAGCAUUUUAGAUUUUGAAUCAAAUAAAAAUACAAAAUUCAACAGAACAGUAUUAUAAACAGUACAACUUUUUAAUUUAGGAUAAUUUGCCAAUUAAUAUUGAGUGUAGGAAAGUUUUAAAGAAUUAUUAUGCUUAAGCCUUACAUGCAUCUGUUCCUUUCUCAAGGUACGCCUUAAUAUACUUAGAUUUUAUAUUUUGUUUACAUGAACCAGGUUUAAAUUCCAAGACCUUUUCAAAUAUGCAGUCUGCUUGGUUUUUUUCCUUGCUGUUUUCCAGACUGCUAAUCUUACUCUUAGCCUUAGCCGGAAGGUGACCGUUCCUAAACCUCACGGAAAUGUUACACUAACUUCCCAGAGUCACUGAUUUGAUCUGGGAGUUUAUUACCUAGAGGUAGAAAGUGUUGUGCCCUAUAAAGGUUCCUUGUUCUGAUUCAGAAAGCUUCUCCCCUUAGCCCUGAUAGACAUCUCUUAUUGAACUUAGCUUGCCUGAGAGCUUUAGCAGAGGUUUUUUUACAUUACCUAUUGCCUGAGUCUAUGUUUUUUAAAGAUGUCGGGUCAAUCGUGGACCCUUCUGCACAUAAAACAUGCAUUAUAUCACCAAGCCACUAAUCCCUGACAGGAGCAAAAAUGUGAAUGAGGAAACAUAGUGAAUUCAGAGGUACUAGGAGAUGAUUAUAGUUGUCCCUUUAUGGAAAGGGUGCAGAUAUUUUGCACUGAUCACAAUAAUGGGAACCCACAAAAAAAAAAAAACUUUGGGAAAGGGGGAGGAAUGCCUAGGAUUUGCCUCUAAACUGGUCUUAAAAGGAUUUAAAUCUAGAAAAAAAUCCUGCCUUUCCAUUGUUGUUCCCUUUGUGGGCCAUUACAGUUAAUGGCCAUUUGAUAAGCUGUGAUAAUAAUGAACAUAGUAUGUAGAUUACAACUGCCUUCUUGGAAAUAUGUUGAUAUUAUACCUGGGCGGUGGUUUUGUUAGUAUUGUUUUGAUUUGUUUUAAAGAAGUAAGCUGAAGGUCUUGUUACAUGUAUUUGCUAUAGCCUUCAGUCUUAAAAACAAGUGUAGUGCAAUUGUUUCUGGUUUACUUAGAAAUAAGCCAUAAUAUGUGCUACUGGGCCAACUUCUAUGAGGUGGGCUUUUACGUUGGCCAACCUAACUAAUAAGGGUGAAGUUUGUAAAAAGUUCGCAUAGUAUAUCUCAAUAAAGUCGCUUGAGAUGACACCAUGACAGAAAAAGAAUGUAAGCUUCAUUUAUUUUACAUUUUUUAAAAACUGACUCUUUUUUCCAUAUAGUUACUUAUCUCACUCAGCUAAUUGUCACUAGAAAAUCUGGGAGAUGGAAAGAGGAUGGUGGGACACAUUAGCAGGUUGUAGCUGACUCUGUCAGCAAAGAACAGCUAGAAUGAAAAGAACAGCAAGUGAGCAGAUCAUAGCAAGCUUUAGUAAAUAUAUGAAAUGGUGCAGAAAACUAAAAAUGACCACGAACCUGUUUCUCAGCCACUAUGUUAAUCCUGUGUUAAAUAAGUAGGCUUUGAGUAGAAAUACACAUUUUAGCUGGAAACUGCAUCAUGUAUAAGCAUCUUAAAAGGAAGAAAGUUGCUCAGAAUCAAGUCAGUGCUUCAGAAAUAACCUUUUCUGAUAUUCAUUCUUAGGCUUGCAUUUGGCCUUUGUAUUUAAGAUGUAUUUUGUCUAAUAGCUGAAACCUUUCAUUUUAGGCAUAUUGCAAUUAAAGCUAUGUAAGCCGCUCUAAUGACAAGAGAAAUUAAUAUUGUAUUGCUCUUGUUGGAUGUUUUUUUCCAUCACCAAAAACUAGUUAAAUACCUCAAUCAAUCUCAGAAUGUCCUUUGGUACUUUUCUGGUUAUGUAAAACAAUAUAUCACAGUAUGAAGAUUUGUGUAUUUCUGUUUUACGUAUUUAACUUGCCUUAUGUCAGUGUUCUGAUUCCUUCCUCAAAGUUUAAAUAAAUUUAUUUUCUUUAAUUCAU